CAAGAGUACGUAAAAAUGAGCAGCCGACGGAAACGCGCUCCUCCAGUGAGAGUAGAUGAAAAAAGGCAGCACCACAUUCAGUGGAGUAUACGUGAAGCCAGAAGGAGUGUAUCUCCUGUAAUUGAUGUGGAGAUCCCUUGUUCAGACUCUUCUGAUUCCUCCUUCUCAGAUGAUAGUUCAAGGGAAGAAGUGGCACAUAGAGAUAAGAGGAGGUGCUCAAAGUUGGCAAGUCGCUCAAAAUCACUGAGUAAAGCAGAGGCUCGUCCCAUUUUCAUCCCGUUGGCUGUUGUGAUUUCUCCUUACUCAUCCGAUAAUUCUUGGAAAGCCUUUCUAGGAGAAUUCACUCUUCAGCUUCUUCCUGAACAGACUUUAAUCGAAGAUUUUUCCCAAAGAGGUUUUACUCUGAAGAACUCGGAAUCAAGCAGUCAGCUCCUGAUCUAUGUUCAUUCAGAAUGUGAAGAUGUAGCCAAAAACCAGAAGGAAUGCAAAGAGACUAUCAGUAUUAGUGAGGAAGGGAUUCAAGUGGAUUCAUCUGUCAGUGGUGAAAUGUUGCAAGAUUUGGACUGGCUACAAAAGAAGAAAAGAAUUAAACUUUAUUACAAAGCAGAAGAAAAUCACAUUAUCAAGGUUGGAAUUUAUCUCUUGGAAAGUGGACUAUCUAAAUUAGACUUUCUGAGUGAGGCGAAUUCAAAAAUGAAAAAGUUCAAUCAACUCAUGAAGCGAGUGAUGAAAAAUUUAUACAGUUUUAUUAUUCCAGACGUAUUAGAAGAUGAAGAUGAUUCAGAUAGUGAAGCAGAGGGACAUGACAUUGAUGACCUUUAUCGCUUUGUGAAGCAAGCCCACCAGCAAGAAACACAGUCUGUCGAAGUGGAUGUGCAGCAUCCUGCAUUGAUUCCUGUGUUGAGACCCUAUCAAAGAGAUGCCGUCAAAUGGAUGCUACAGCAAGAGCAUUUCCGGAGCACUCCUACUAGUGAAAAUUCCCUGCACUACUUAUGGCGAGAAAUAGUUACACCUGAGAAUUUGAAGCUCUACUAUAAUCCAUACACAGGCUGCAUUAUCCGUGAGUACCCAAGUGCUGGCCCACAGUUGUUUGGUGGAAUCUUAGCGGAUGAAAUGGGUCUUGGAAAGACAGUGGAGGUUUUGGCUCUGAUUCUGACACACAUUCGAGAGAAUGUCAAGCAAGAUGCUCUCACUCUUCCUGAGGGGAAAGUGGUGAAUUACUACAUUCCAUCACAUUCUGGAGGAAAAGUAAAAAACAAAGAAACCCAGAAUAUGGAAUAUGAACCAAAAGAGAAAGUUCAGUUCCCCCCUACACGUGUAAUGAUCCUGACAGCCGUGAAAGAACUGAGAGGAAAGAAAGGCGUUUCCAUCCUCUCCAUCUAUAAGUAUGUCAGUUCUAUAUAUAGAUACGAUGUUCAACGAAAUAGGAAUCUUCUGAAGCGGAUGCUGAAAUGUUUAAUUUUUGAAGGUCUGGUGAAACAAAUCAAAGGCAGUGGUUUUUCUGGGACUUUUACAUUGGGAAAGAAUUACAAGAAAGAGGAAGCAUGUAAAAUGAAAAAGCAGGGAUUAGGUAGCCCAAGAAAAACUCAAAAAGAAACUAGAAAACCAGACAGCAGAGAUACAGAUUCUGAAUACUUGCCUUCAAAUACCUCUGAUGAUGAUGAUCAACCUUACUAUUCUCACUGUAAGUCCAAGAGAAAUCGAGGCAAAAUCAGAAAAAAGCCUGGCCCAUCCUCCAAAAAUGGGAAAAGUCAGCCUCACAUCAGUCACGAUUCAGAAGAUGACCCCACAAGUAGUGCAAUUACUUACAUUACAGGAGCUGAAGAUACAAGCAUUUUUACUCUCAGUCAGCAAAAUGCCAAAAAGAACCAAGCAGAAUCUCUAAAGCCUGUUGCAGAUGACGGUGAUGAUGACGACAUUCCAGAUUCUGAUCUCGGUCCCUUCUGUUCCUCUGAUUAUCGCUUUGAGUGCAUAUGUGGUGAACUUGGCAAAAGGGACCAAAAAGCUCGUGUUCAGUGCCUGAACUGCCACCUCUGGCAGCAUGCCAAAUGUGUGAAUUAUGAAGAAAAGAACCUGAAGAUCAAACCUUUUUACUGUCCCCACUGCCUGGUCGCGAUGGAGCCCGUCUCAACGGGAGCGACUCUCAUCAUCUCACCCAGCUCUAUCUGCCACCAGUGGGUGGAUGAAAUCAACAGGCAUGUGAGGUCAUCGUCUAUUCGUGUCUUGGUAUAUCAAGGAGUAAAGAAAGAUGGCUUUUUACAGCCCCAUUUUUUGGCAGAGCAGGAUAUAGUUAUCAUUACCUAUGAUGUUCUUCGUUCAGAACUCAACUAUGUAGAUAUCCCACACAGUAACAGUGAAGAUGGGCGUCGGUUGCGGAAUCAAAAGCGCUAUAUGGCCAUUCCCAGCCCCCUCGUAGCUGUAGAAUGGUGGAGAAUCUGCCUUGAUGAAGCUCAGAUGGUUGAAUGUCCUACUGUAAAAGCUGCAGAAAUGGCUCAGCGCUUAAGUGGGAUAAAUCGCUGGUGUAUUAGUGGCACUCCAGUGCAGAGAGGACUGGAAGAUCUCUUUGGGUUAGUGGUUUUUCUUGGUAUUGAACCUUACUGUAUCAGACACUGGUGGGUUCGGCUUCUCUAUCGCCCUUACUGUAAGAAGAAUCCUCAGCUUCUGUACAGCUUUAUCGCCAAGAUACUUUGGAGGUCUGCAAAAAAAGAUGUGAUUGACCAAAUUCAGAUACCCCCUCAGACGGAAGAAGUUCACUGGCUCCACUUCUCUCCAGUGGAAAGGCAUUUUUAUCACCGUCAGCAUGAGGUGUGUUGCCAAGAUGCCGUUGUAAAACUCAGGAAGAUUUCUGACUGGGCCCUGAAGCUCAGCAGCCUGGACAGAAGGACUGUCACCUCCAUCCUGUAUCCAUUGCUGCGACUCAGGCAGGCCUGCUGUCAUCCACAAGCUGUUCGUGGGGAGUUUUUGCCACUGCAAAAAAGCACCAUGACGAUGGAAGAGCUGCUGACAUCUCUGCAGAAGAAAUGUGGAACUGAGUGUGAAGAAGCACACAGGCAGCUAGUGUGUGCUCUCAAUGGCUUGGCAGGCAUCCACAUCAUUAAAGAUGAGUAUGCCUUGGCAGCAGAACUGUACCGUGAAGUGUUGCGUUCAUCUGAGGAACACAAAGAGAAACUCAAAACCGAUUCACUGCAAAGACUUCAUGCUACCCAUAAUUUGAUGGAAUUGUUGGCAGCCAAGCACCCAGGAAUACCUCCAACAUUGAGAGAUGGCAAACUUGAAGAAGAGGCCAAGCACCUCCGAGAGCAUUACAUGAGCAAGUGUAAUACUGAAGUUGCUGAAGCACAACAGGCUUUGCAGCCGGUGCAGCAGACCAUACGUGAGCUCCAAAGAAAGUUUCAUUCUAGUUCACCUUGGUGGCUAAGUGUGCUCCACAGAGCAAUAGAGUUUUCUCUUGAAGAAGAACUUCUUCAGCGAGUGAGAAAUGAAAUAACUAGCAACUACAAGCAACAACCUGGCAAGCUUUCCAUGUCAGAAAAGUUCCAUGACUGCAGAGGUCUUCAGUUCCUGCUUACAACACAAAUGGAAGAGCUAAAUAAAUGCCAGAAGCUAGUUAGGGAGGCUGUGAAAAACCUGGAGGGACCCCCAUCUCGUAAUGUUAUUGACUCUGCAACCAUCUGCCACCUUCGACCCGUCAGACUUCCUCUCAACUGCUGUGUCUUUUGUAAGGCUGAUGAAUUGUUCACAGAAUAUGAAUCCAAGCUGUUUUCUCACACAGUCAAAGGGCAGACUGCAAUAUUUGAGGAGAUGAUAGAAGAUGAAGAAGGACUGGUGGAUGACAGGAUACCUACCACCAGUCGGGGUCUGUGGGCAAUAAGUGAGACAGAGCGAGCUGUGAAAGCUGUCUUAUCAUUUGCGAGAUCACAUAGAUUUGAUAUUGAAUUUAUUGAUCAAGGAAAUAUUUCAAUGGAUCUCUUUGAAGCAUGGAAAAAAGAAUAUAAGUUGCUUCAUGAGUAUUGGAUGGCUCUCAGGAAUCGUGUGUCUGCUAUCGAUGAGCUUGCAAUGGCUACUGAACGACUAAGAGUUCGUCUUCCUAAGGAGCCAAAACCUAAUCCUCCUGUGCUUUACAUCAUCGAACCACAUGAGGUGGAACAGAAUCGUAUGAAACUUCUGAACGAUAAAGCUGUUGCUUCGUCACAGCUUCAGAAAAAACUUGGACAGCUUCUUUACCUAACUAAUUUGGAGAAGUCUCAAGACCAGACAUCAGGAGGCAUUAAUCCAGAACCUUGUCCAAUCUGUGCGAGGCAGCUGGGAGAACAGUGGGCAGUGCUGACCUGUGGACACUGUUUUUGUAAUGAAUGCGUUGCAAUUAUUAUUGAACAAUACAGCGUGGGGUCUCAUAAGAGCUCCAUUAAAUGCGCCAUUUGCCGCCAGACCACAUCCCACAAAGAAAUCUCUUACGUAUUCACUUCCGAGAAAUCCAGCCAGGAUGAGGACUUUCCUGUGAAGGGUAGUCAUUCUACAAAAGUGGAGGCCGUGGUCAGAACUCUGAUGAGAAUCCAGCGUAGAGACCCAGGGGCUAAAGCACUUGUUUUCUCAACGUGGCAAGACGUAUUAGAUAUUAUUUCAAAAGCUCUCACUGACAACGACAUGGAAUUUGCACUUAUCAGUCGUGUUAAAACAUUCCAGGAGAAUCUCUCGGCAUUUAAACAUGACCCUGAAAUCAAUAUUUUGCUGCUGCCCCUGCACACAGGAUCUAAUGGAUUAACCAUUAUUGAGGCAACUCAUGUUCUUUUGGUGGAGCCUAUAUUGAACCCUGCCCAUGAGCUGCAGGCCAUAGGGAGGGUACACCGAAUUGGACAAACAAAACCAACUAUUGUACACAGAUUCUUAAUUAAAGCAACAAUAGAAGAAAGAAUGCAGGCAAUGCUGAAAACUGCUGAGAAAAGUCAUAAAAAAUCAGCAGUGAAGAAUACAGAGGCGUCUGUCUUGACCGUGGCUGACCUGGCAGACCUGUUUACCAAAGAGACCGAAGAUCUGGAUCUGGAUCUUGACUGAAGUACCCUUAACUCAAUCCACACAGUUAAAUGUAUUUUUAAAAGUUUCAUAGCUGUAGAUCAAAGCUUAAGUUUAAAAAUGUCAUGGAUGUCAGUAAAUACUGUUCUCCGUAUUUUUGAGUUUUAAAAUUAUCCUAAUAGUUACUGAAUCCUUUUUAGUGUGCUGUUUCCAAAAGCUCUCCUAAGAUUUUUUAUUUUGCACUCCUAAUAAAACAUUUAUUUUUGUUCCAAAGAAAAUAUCUGGUGAGGGAAAUGAGAGGUAAUGUGUGUUUGAAGUAAGAUCACUUUUGAAAAGAAUUGGACUAAGAGAGAAACUAGUUUCUAGUUUUAUAUGUCCUGGUAUAUUCAACCAACCUAGGUCUCAUUUUUGGAAAUACUUCAGUCUCUUUAACCAAUGGUUUUGUCAUUAUCUUGUUUCAGUAUUAAAUAAGUGGUAAAUUAUAUUAACUCUGUAAGUUUAAACUAUAACUGCAUACUUACUAAUUUUAUGGUAACAUGAUUCCUAAUAAGAGUAUUAGGUGAUUAUUUUCUGUCGCUUCUAAAAAUCAAAAUGCUAAACAUUUCAUAUUUCAUAUGUUAAGUAAUGUCAGUAUCAGCGGUUAUCUCAGUAGCAUUUCAAGUGUAUCAAUAUUUACCUUUAACUUACAUCUAUUUUAUGGUUGAUGUAUCUGUAAAUACUGUGAUUUUUGUAAUUUAAGCUUUUAUCAUAACAUGGCGAUAUGGCAGGUUUUUUUUAAACUGUUCUUUUACUUAUAUCUUCUACUCUUUUUCUUUCCCAUGUUUUUGUAUAAAUUAAACAUUUCAUGACUUAUCUAAAUAUUUUAUAGAGUUUGUUGUUUUAUCCUCUAGUGCUUCUCUCAAGGACUAGUUUGUUGAUCUUUGGAACCAGAGAAGGUCAUAUUAACAUAAGCAAAUAGUUGCAAGUGAUACCAUUUCUUCUUCUAUGAAGAAUUAAUAGACUUAAAUUGCUAGUUCAGGAGUAGCUUAUUAUAUCCUUGUGUUCUUGUUUUGUUUCCUUUGAGUCUUCAGUUUUAAACGACCCUCAGGACUCAUUAGCUCCUACUUAGCUGCCCAGAAAACUGUAAUAGAAAUAUCCCCGGGAUCACAUUUGUCCGUGAGGCUUUGGUGCUUAGUUAAGGUGCAUUUUCUUAUUCUAGGUUUGUAGGGUGAUAUCGUUCAAUUGAAGAAAACACACACAUUUUUGGUGCUUAUUCUUCAGUUGAAAGAUGAUGUGUUCUGAUUCUUUUGUAUAAAAUUAAAGACAAUUAUUAUUUUUAUAGCUCUUUGCAUAUUAUGAAGAGCUUUCCUGUGCAUUCGUGUGUAUGGUUGACCCAUGAUUCCUGUAAAGCUCAUGCAAUGAGUCUCAUUCCUGUUUUUGAAGUUUAGAAAUCUUAAAGACACGUAACAAGUCAACAGUGGCGCCCACAUCCUCUAUAUCUAAAUCUUGUGUUCAUUCACAAAAUCAAAUGUGAUGCCGAGGUUCAGAAGGCCAACAGUGGUUAUAAUUUAAUUUUCUUUUUAAACUAAUUUCAGGAAUAAAAUGUGAUGUUUUCAAUUUUAUAAAAGGAAUAAAGCAUAAAUUGGAGAAAAAUUGCUCUCAUUUAUUUAUACCAUCAAUUAUAUAUUUUAGAGGAAAUUUAAAUUGGGAGAUUGGUUAAACUUCUGAGCUGCAGUGUACUUUUUUGCUGGAGGCGUUGGGUGAGUAGUUGAUGAUUCAACAAAUGCUGUCAAAUGUUAAAAGCAAGGGUUUUAAACCUUUCUAAACCUGUAGGCAGGUACCAGUGCAUAAAUCCCAUGAUUGUGAAGCACUGAGUUAAGCAGCCAGUAGUGAAAAGCUACUAGUUUAGACAGGAGAAUUCCAUAUUUAUAGGCAUUUGCAGCUUCUCCCCUUCUGUUUAUGAUCUCGACAGAACGAUCUGUGCGUUUAAUUUUAGUCCCAGACCUUCGUGCCACUUUAAAAAUGACAAAAGUUCCUUACGUGAUAAUGCACCUUGUAAAUACUUUUAUAAUCAAUCCAGUACUUAUCACAGUGCUUAGAGAUUGAAUUUAGCAAUGCAAGGUUGUUCUCGGUCCAGGCUGUCAAGCUAGACUUCCAAGGAGACUGAGGAAGAAGUAACGUUUUUAAUCUCUUGCUUUCAUUUCCUAAUUCUCCCAGGAUUUAGUGUGCUCACGUGCUUUCUUUUUUAUCUAAAGUCACGUUUGAGUUGUCACAGAAAACACCUGUGAUAAAGCCCUCGGGCUUGGCAAAACGGAGUAAAAACUGCCCUCCAAUUUUUCUUCGCAUGAGCAAAAUGCAGUAACAAUGCUGUCAAAAUUUUUAACUGUCAUACUAAUUAUCAAAAGGAAAUGUCAUUAAAAUGGUACAGUAUAACCAAUGCAUUUUAAUCUGGUUUGUUCUAAUAAAGGAAUUUCAAUGUUCACUAAUACUUUUUUCAAAAUGGAAUUAACUGUAUUUUGUAAAAAUUUACAACAUCUGUGUAACUGUUACAUUUUGAAGCCCACAUAGAAUGCUAUCACAUCUAAGGCCGGAAUAAGUACCUCUUGCAAACUUUAAAGGAAGAAUAGUAGGUACUGAGCACUGCCUCUGAGUUAUAGAACAGAUAAUUCUACGUACAAAAUAUGUAUUUCAUCACAUAAUCAUCAUACCCUGUUUUUACUUUCAGUCUAAAAAUGUAUUUAUUGCCUUUCAUUGCAUAAUUGUAGACAGGUUAGUGAUUAUUUUUCCGUAAUACUGGCAUGGUUCUUUUCUAAAAGCUUCACAUAAUGGUUGCAUCCCACUUUGGUGGGAAGGGGACAGGAUUGGCAUAAAAUCCGUAAGAACUAUGUAAGACUUGGCAGGGACCAAAGUUGCUAUCGCUGAGCUUCCCUUGUCUUUGGUCAGCCUUCCAGGGACAUGCCUUUCUUCUCUUUGAAGAUCCCACACUAUCCCGCGAGUCCUAUUUCAGUAUUUAUUACCAGUGACUCUCAGACUGAUUUCCUUUGUUGAACCUAACUCUGCUAUAUUGAAACAUACUUGUUUCAUAUUUUGUUCUCUAGCUUGGGCUUUUUUUGCUUUUUUUCCCUUGCAAGAAGAAAAUAAAAUGUAGCCUCUGUAUAAUGAUUCUUUGUAUAGGUGAUGAUUGUUCUAAAAUUGUUCGGUAGCAUGUUUUUCUUCCUGCCUAUCAGUGACCAACCCCUUUCUUAAAGUUCUUUCUCUCCAAACCUCUUUCUUUGUCUUUCAGUAAACCUGAAUUUACAUUCUCCCCCUUCUAAGAAUCCAGCUGAGCAGCAGUUUUGCCCAAGGACAGAUUUUCCUGUGGGAUCUUUUUUGAAAUGUGUCUUGUAUGCCAGCACAGUUCUGAUCACUGACCCCUUCAGUGCCUUAAGGAGCAAAUAUUUGUGCCCAGAUUUUAUUAGAAAUCUAGUUUCUCCUCACUCUAUUAAUAAUUUACUUUGGGGUAUAUCUACUGAAAUCACCCACAUUUUAUUUCCUUUCGAGACCAGUUAUUUUAAAUUCACGUCAUCUCAAUACUUAGAACUAAAAAGGCAACGUCACACCACUUCCAUCUCCCACUGGCUUAUGAUCAAGUGCCACAUCAACGCUCUUGUGUUUUCUUUCAGACGCCUCGUAAAUAUUUUCAUUGAGAGCAUUUUUCCCUGUUGAUCUUGUCGUGUAUAUUUUCCUUUGACUCUAGUAGACCAACAUCUUCCUUGGUAAAUGCAGACCUGUUUUUAAAAGGAAUGUAUUUUAGUAUAUUAGUGCCUGAUCUUGCUUUGUUGUAUUCAGAAUGUUUAUAAAUAAUUAGCUAUUAAACUGUUAAAGCAUUA